AUGGAGCCGAACCCUGAAGUCACACUGAUGCAGAUCCAGCCCCAGGCUGGCCGCCCAGACACAGGCCAAGCUGAGACAGAUUCAGACUCAGGCUGGCCGCCCAGACCCAGAUUGUUCCAACACAGAUCCAGUCCCAGGAGAGAGACGGUGAAUGGGACUUCUUCGUUUGGUAAGCACCAGAAUAAGAUGCACACUUCAUGCUAUCAUUGUGGUUCUGAGGCAUACCAUCUUCAGAAGUCAACCUGUGGCAAAUGUGGAUAUCCUGCUAAACGCAAGAGAAAGUAUAAUCGGAGUGCAAAGGCUAAGCGACACAACACCUCUGGUACUAAUCAGAUGAGGCACCUAAAAAUUGUCUACCAUCAAUUCAGGAAUGUAUUCCAUGAAGGAAGAACACCUGAACCCAAGAGAGCAGCUGUUGAAGCAUCUAGUUCAUCUUGA